AUGGGAAAUUCAAGGCCUGGAGCCGGGGCCAGCAUCACCUCCCCAUGGUGCAGUGCUCUGAAGUCACCCGCGGUGGGCUUCAUCCACACGGGUGCUGGGGCCAGGGAGACCCUUGCCGAGCUGGUGGGUCUGCUGCAGCCCCUCAUCCUGGCGGUGUCUCCCCUGAAGCAGUGGAAAGCGGCCCCUCCCCAUCUAGGUUUGCCCUCCCUCUCGCUCCCCGCUUCCUCCGCAUUCCUUCUGAGCAGCCUGGUCCCGUUCAGCCCGGGAGGACGGAGCGUCUACUCGACCAGAGCUUCAGAGUCAGAGACGUUCUCACUCGCCCCACCCAGGGCACAGUCACUGGUUCCGCAUGGCCUCUGA